GCUCCAAUUGUUGAUAAAUAUUCCUGAAAUGCUCAAAACCUUUAAGCCUCUUGCAGUGAUAGUAAGAAGACUUUCGACCAUGAAGUACUUGAAUCAAGAAGAAGCCAUCAAUGUCGACUUGGAACUCUUCAACGAGUACAAAUUCAGCGUCGAUCAACUAAUGGAACUUGCUGGACUAUCUUGUGCCACUGCGAUCGCCAAAUGUUAUCCAAAUCUUGACAAGAAAAUCCUCGUUGCUUGUGGUCCCGGAAACAAUGGCGGCGAUGGUCUUGUAGCUGCUCGUCAUCUCUCCUUGUUCAAUUUUCAACCAGAAAUUUACUAUCCCAAACGAACGGACAAGGAAUUGUACAAAAAUCUGACGACACAAUGUGAGAAAAUGGGAAUUGCCUUCGUUAAUGACUGCCCUUCGUUGGAAAAUGCGAACAAAAAUUACUCCUUGAUCGUUGACGCGCUCUUUGGAUUCAGUUUCAAGCCACCGGUGAGGGAGAGUUUCGUUCCUAUAAUAAAUCUCAUGCGGGAAACGAGUGUUCCUGUUGCCAGCAUUGAUAUUCCUUCGGGUUGGAAUGUCGAAAGUGGUCCAACUGACGAAAAUUGCAUCAAACCCGAUUUUUUAAUUAGCUUAACGGCGCCCAAAUUGUGCGCUCAAAAGUUUACCGGGAAAUUUCACUUUCUUGGAGGACGAUUUGUGCCAGCAGCUUUGCAUGAAAAAUACGCUUUAGAUCUCCCAAAGUAUCCUGGAGUUGAAAAUUGUAUCGAUAUUUCAGGAAAAUAAAGUUUUUUUUGUUACUUGAACACUUACCC